CGCUCCAGAUGAAAUCACGCCUCCACACAGCACAGGAAUCAGCACAGCUCCGUUCAGAACCAUGGAGGGAACGUUACUAAGAGCUGGCGGAGGGAUACAUCUGACCGGAACUCCUUUUUUGUACCUGAAUACAGGCCAGGACUACAUGCAGCACCUUGUCGGGCUAUGUGUUGGAGGGCGGAGCUUCUUUAGACCUGAUUUAGGGGGUGUGGCUGUCCCUCUGACUCUUAGUAUAGAUGAAUUGCUGCAGCACCGACUCGCCCGAGUGACCUUUGACCCCAUGCAGCCCCCGUACGAUUCACUGCAGAUGUAUGAGCACGAGGGGGCGGAGUCAGAGACCGCCUCCCUCAGCUCUUUGGAGAGCGAAGGAGAUGGAGGGAUGGAGGGGGAGGGGUUAAUUGAUUGGGGGCCCAAGUUUAACAAGCUGCUGGAGAUUUUUAGAGAGAGGGAACUGGAGAAAGAUGGACAGACGAAAGAGGAGGAAACGGAGGAGAGACAAAUACAUGGAGAGCAGCAGAAGAGUGUGGAGGAAGUGGACGGAAAACAAGAAGUAUGGAAUGAACUAGAUAGCAAAAAGGAUUGAGAGAAUAAAGAAUGAUUUCUCUUCAGAGAGAUGAGAGAGUGAACGAUGAAGGACAAAGAGUGAUACUUAACAAGUUGCUGGAGAUCAUGAGAGACGGUAGGAGUAUAGGCAAGGAGAAAAGAUGGAGGGAAUAAAGAGGAGCAGUGAAGAGGUUCAGUGAAAAGGAAUGGAAAAAGUGAAAGGCAGAACAAAAGAGAAAGAUAGAAGGGUGAGAUAGAAGACGAGAGAGGCGGAUUGAGCUGGUAGAGAUCUUUAGGGAAAGUAGAUGAAAUGAGGUGAGAGAAGAAAGAAGAAC